AUGUAUACAUCUACCUAUUCAUCAUCUUCACCUGUUCGAACACCAACAUUCGGAGUAGAAUCGACAAAUUACCAACAUCAACCUUCAACUAGACUAAAUUAUAAUUCUUAUCAAACAAUGGAUGAUGGCAAUCAAUCCUUACGAGGUACAAAUACAGCUUAUUCAAAUAGUAUUUCAUCUUUAGCAUCAAUACCAAUACGUCCAACAACACCAUCAAGAAAAUAUACGAGUAAUUAUAAUAAUAAUUUAUCAAAUGAUUCAAAUACAAAUACAUAUCAAUCAACUCCUUAUCGUUCUCAAAUUGCUGAUAAUGAUAUGUAUCGUUCAAAUAAUCCAAUCGGAAAUAUACGAACAAAUUCAUAUGAUGAUUUACUUAAUGGACAAAAUCAAACAUAUCGAUCUCAACCGUCUGUUUAUAAUUCAUCAUCACGACUUGGUACAAAUAAUAAUGAUAAUUCAUAUAGACAACAACAACAACCACCACCAUCACAACAACAACAACAACACGUACGACGUAGUGAACAGGAUGAUGAUUUAAUAGUCAAAUCAACUGAUUUAUCAGCUACAAAUGAACAAGAAAUGCUUGAAUUAGUUCGAUCAUCAUUUCGUAAAUAUGAUUUAAAUAAUCAACGUGAAUUAGCUGGUUUUCUUAAACGUUCAGCUGAUAAAACAUUUUCAUCAUGUUGGCAUUGUAUUGUUGGAAGACAAUUUAGUUCCUAUGUAACACAUGAAAUGAAUGGGUUUAUUUAUUUAACAAAAGGUCCACUAUCAAUUUUACUUUUUAAAAGUGGUUCUUAA